UUAUAUUUAGUCGGCUCCCCAGGUGUUACUAUUUCUCAGAGCCAGCUGAAAGCUCGCAAACUUCAGCGGGAGAUCCAACUGUUCUGUUUGUCAGAAGAAGGAGUAGACUAAUCCACAAUAUGUGUUGGUGUUUGCCUGUUAUCGUGGGUUUCCUGUUUGUGGCCCUCCCGUACUUUGUCUGUUUUGUGACCCAGUGGUUCUGUGGGUGGCCAGACAAGCCUGGGUACAAAAAGUACAUAGAAGCUCUAAAUCCAAGGCGGAUCUACCGUUUGACCUUUGCUACGUUGGAUCUUCUUAAAUACUUUCAGUAUUGGAAACUGUAUUUUCAGAUUAAGUCCUGGUAUAGAAAUGAGAAGAACACUAAGCACUACAAAAAGGGCAUUGUUUAUGGGCGUCGAAGCAACAAGCUGGACUUGUUUUAUCCCCCCAUACAGAAUAAAUUUGAGUUUCCACCUCUGGUUGUAUUUAUCUAUGGCGGUGCAUGGAGCACUGGACACAGAUCCAUUUACUGUUUACUGGCAAGGCAGAUGGCUGAAGAACUGAAUGCAGCUGUUGUUUGUCCAGAUUACUGUACUUAUCCAAAGGGGAAUGUUCUAAUGAUGAUUCAAGAUAUUGCCGACUGUCUGAUAUGGGCGCAAGAAAACGGACAGAAGUUCAGCUUUGACAAGAACAACAUUAUUUUAGUUGGCCAUUCAGCAGGUGCUCAUUUGGGUGUAAUGACCACACUAUUUCUCCUUGAUACACGAGAGGAGCUGGUGAUAGAGUCAAAGAAACAGCAGCAGAUUUUACAGUCAAUACGAGGAGUUAUUGGGAUGAGUGGUGUUUACAGCAUUAUGGACCAUUAUGAGCAUGAGAAGAAGCGAGGAAUUGAAUACGUCUCUUGUAUGUCAAGAGCCAUGGAUGGGGAGAAAAACUUUCCAUACUACUCACCAGUGCACAUAGUACAGAACCUUAGUGAAGACAAGCUGAGCAGAGCUCCACGGUUCGUUUUGCUUCACGGGAAUUGUGACAUCGUUGUUCCGGUUGAGUCUUCCACAAAGUUCUACAAGCUCCUCUCUUCGCUGUCCGGAAAGGUGUCGCUCCACCUGCUUCCUACCGUCAACCACACUGAGAUGGUCACUGACCUCAUGCUGUCAAGCGGGCGCUUCUACCAUCCGAUCUUCAGAUGCAUUGAACGCGAGUUCAGGAAACUCCUAGCCCUAAGCAGUGUUUCCUUUUCACGCUGCAUUCACCACAGACAGCCAGUGUGUCUCAGAGUUCAGCACAGAAAACGUCCUUCAUCACCUGAGCCACAGCUGCCUGUUAUGAAAUCAAGACUGAAAAAGAUUAGCUGAAUACAAUGUUAGGUCAAAUUUCACAUAUCAACUGUUUUAUUAAGAGACGUGCAUUAUGAUACUAUGUAAAAAUAUUACUGUUAUUAUUAUUAAUAAUAUUAUUACUGCUGGAGUCAAAUUGCAGAAGCAGUACCUCUUAUUCUUGGGCUACUGGUUUUGAAGUGAAUGUAGAUGCACAACAUUGAUCAUAUUAUUUGUUGUGUUAAAUAUAAUUUAUUUUGUAUGAUAAAAUCGACUUGAAUGUUGUGAUGUUUAAUUUAAUAGGAAUAACAUAACAUUUAUGUUAUGGAUAUUAAAAAGCACCUUAAAAUUUUUUGAAGAUAUUUGUUUUUUGUUUGUUUUGUAUGGGUUGUUUUUUUUGUGGUCCUUCAUAUUUAUGUGCGGUUAAGCUCAAAACUGUUGAUACCCCAUGCAGAAUUAGUUUUAAAGUAAAGUUUUAAUUUGACCAACAUGUUUCUUCUGACUUGAAGUGAUAUUAAUGUUUUGGAGCGGCCCAGCCAGAGUGUGUUCUUGAAUCUUGUGCUAGGGUGAUGGCAAGAAGACCAUCCAGCCUCAACAAUUUGGAGUUUCUUAUGAAAUCAAAAUACCAGUGAAAAAAUACAAAAAUAAGGUGUGCAAUGAAUGCUUUGAUUACUGUGACACCAAUAAAGAUUUUUUUCCCGUAGAUUACUGAAAAGGGUAUAAAUAAUUUUUGGUAUGCAGUUUUUUGAGUAAAAUGUAAGCUUUUGUACUGACAUUUAGUUCAUGAAAACACAAAAUUCAGUU